UGCCCUGUGGGGGCGCUGUUCUAACCCCAACCCUGGCGACACAAGAAGCACCAGAAGAAGACAGGGAACGAAGCGAUUGGUCAGAAUGACACCGGAAGCGCUUGCUAUUGGCUGGUUGAGUUGCCCCGCCAGUGGAGAAGAAGCGGCGCCAUUAUUAAACUGCGUUCAGCGUUUGUUCCCGGCGGACUGUUUGUGGCUGAAUUAGUGUCAGUUAGCUUCAGAGAAACCAAAGUAAAGUCGUUUUCACAAAGUUCGUUACUUCACUGAACGUUCAGUUUAACGGACUUCGUCCGGUACGCGGAGCUAACGGAGCUAACGAAGCUAACAGAGGGAGCUAACGCGGCUAACGUUAGCGGAACUCAGCGCGGUGUUUCCCGCGGUCGGUGGCCGCUCGCAGCUCCACUCUGUCGGCCGCUGCACGGAUGAGCUGCCCGGUGAAGCUCCAGGCGCUGCCGUCCGCAGUGUUUGAGACAGUUUUUACUCCGGACAAUGUGAGAGGAAGAACCUCCAUGAACUCUGUCAGUCCGCUGAGUUUCCCUAAAUCCAGAUCAGCUCUGUGGGAUGGCAGCCCUGCAGGAGAGAGGCUCCGCCUCCAGCUCUGCUCUCACAGGAAGCCUCGGUUGGUGCUGAUGGAGAAAGCUCUGCGAUUGGCUCAGCGUCAGGCCCGUCACAACAACAAGCCCCGCCUCCACUGCUUCUUCCUGGGCUCAGUGUCUGUGGACACAGAUGAGGAGGGGGUCACUGUGACUCUGGACCGGUUCGAUCCGGGUCGGGACCAGGCUGGAGCCUCGGGCCGGGUUCCCUCGGCUCUGCUGCCCGGAGACGUCCUGGUUCCCUGUUUGUUCUCCACGCAGAGCGAGACUGAGGCUGUCGUCCAAUCAGAGGCUGAGAUACAUCACUGCUUCAAGGCGUUGCAGCAGUCGGUGAGCAGCAGACAGACUCUGGAUCUGUCCCAGCUGAUAAAGGUCAGCGGUCGUGUCGUCUGCUCUCAGCAGUCUGACCACGCAGCGUUCGUCCUCAGCUGGUCGUCCGUCUGUCCGUCCGUCAGCAUGGAUGUUCAGCCGGUCCGAGCCGUUCCCAUCAUCCCCACGGCCCUGCUGAGGAGUCUGACCAGCAUCAACCGACCGCCGCCGCACGCCACCUCGGGCCGCCAGAGAGGGUUUCUGACCAUGGAUCAGACCAGAAAACUGCUCCUGCUGCUGGAGUCUGAUCCUAAAGCCUCCAACCUCCCGCUGGUGGGACUCUGGCUGAGUGGAGUCACACACGUCUACAACCCUCAGGUGUGGACCUGGUGUCUGAGGUUCCUGUUCAGCUCCGCCCUCCAGGACAGAGUUUUAUCAGAGAGCCGCUGUUUCCUGCUCGUUCUGUUCGGUUCCACGCACAGAGCUCCCCAGUUCUUCCAGUGUCGAGGACCAGGAUCUGGACCAGGAUCAGGACCAGGAUCUGGACCACAGCUAGACUACCAGCUGCUCACAGCCUCCCAGUGUGUCACACUGUACCAGGUGGUGCCGGUGGAGGGUCAGACUCUGCGCUGUGAGCUGGGUUCAGAGGAUCACAGCAGGCAGAGGGAGGUCUUCAGAGAGGCUCAGACCACCUUCAGCAGCGCCGUCCCCCCGGCUGCCGGUCUGUCCGUCACCGAUCAGGACUCUGGAGUCGAGGAUGAAGACCUGUCUCCAAGACCGUCUCCGAGCCCCCACCCCCCCGCUCAGCAGGCUCGGAGAGUUCAGCCGUCUGUUCCUGAACUUUCUCUGCUGAUCGACGGCAGCUUCACCUCCAACCCUGGCUCCGCCCACAGACCUCCUGCUCCCACCUCCUCCUCCUCCUCGGUUCCCAGACCCACUGCUCCUCCUGCUGCUCCUCCUCACAUCCACAGCACCCCCAACUCCAACCUGCAGCAGCCCUGCGCCUGCUGCCCCACCCACACCUACGACUGCACCUCCAUCUUCUCCUCCCCAGGACUCCACCCUGCUGCUCCUGCUGCUCACUCCCAUCACCACACUCCUCCUCCUCCCUCCAGUCUCCACCCUCCUGCCGCUCACUCCCAUCACCACACUCCUCCUCCUCCUCCCUCCAGUCUCCACCCUGCUGCUCCUGCCGCUCACUCCCAUCACCACACUCCUCCUCCUCCCAGCAACCGUCCAAGUUCUCCUUUUGUUCCUCCUCGCAGUACUCUUCGGUCCUCCCAUCACCACCCUCCCUCCCACAGCUCCUCCUCUCCUCUCCCCAGCCACCAACACACUCCUCCUCCCUCCACUCGUCUCUCUAGUCCACCUCCUCCCUCCACCCUCCUCCCUCCUCCUCCCUGUCCCUACAGCCUCCCUCCUGCUGUUCCGUGGUGUGGUGACUCCCCGUCUCCUCAUCCCUCCCGUCCAGCAGCAGACCCCGUACUUCCCCCCCAGUUCCCCCGUCCCUCCUGUGUGAAUCAGUGCUGCGAUCAGGCGGCAGGAGUCGUAACGACAGACACCUACCAGCUCCUCCUCCAACAGGACCGACAGCUACGCCUCCUGCAGGCUCAGGUGCAGAUGUUGCUGGAAGCUCAGGGGAAACUUCAGUCCUCCAGUCGGCAGGUCGACGCUGAGACACCCAGGAGCACGGCCAGCAUCGCUGUGGGGACAGGUGCGAGUCUGUUCUGGGGGAAUCCUGUUCAGCUCCUCCCACACCAGGAUGUACAAGCUCCUCCCCCCUCCUCACCCACACCUCCCCCCUCGUCCUCUCCCAGCCCCUCCUCCUCCUGCAGACCGCACCCACACGCCGACCUGUCUGUCAUCAGGCCUGGGGACGGAGCUGAGGACAGUGACAUCACAGGACACGAUCCUGCCGUCUCCCCCUCUAGUCACCACAGUGGUCUCCAGAGUCCGGUCCUGGGGGAGAGUGUCAGUAUGUACGCAGCUGCAGACGAGCAGCAGAGCUUCUAUCUCAACCUCAUGAAUCAGCUGACCAGUCGUCUGCAGGAGUCAGACAGCAGACAGGAAGUGGAGGAGGAGUCCAGGAGGAGGAGCCUGUCUGUGGUUCCCGAUCGCUCCCAGUCCUCCCAGUCCUCCCAGUCCUCCAGGAGGAGGAGCUGUGGGGACCCGGUGGUCAGCGCCACCCUGCGACAGCUGCAGCAGCUCGGAGUCCACGUGGACCGAGAGGAUCUGACCGAGUCUGACAGAAGAAUCCAGCAGACUAUAGAGAGCAGCAGCACUCUGGCGAGCAUCAACCCGACGGCGGUUCUGUCCAGACUGAGCGUUUCCGAGCCAACGGCCAGCAUUCUGUUCCCGGGAGGCAGCGUGGAUCUGAGUCUGGAGGCCAACGCCAUCGCCCUGCGCUACCUGAGCGACUCUCAGCUCAGCAGACUGUCUCUGGGAGGCCACGCCCCCAGUCCGGGCCCCGCCUCCUCCAAUGACACCCUCCUGUCGCCUAGCAACAUGUCUCUGGCCACCAGGAAGUACAUGAGGAGGUACGGCCUGAUCGAGGAGGAAGAAGAGGAGGAGGAGGAGGAGGAGGACGCUCACCAGCCACUUACUGAAAAUCAGAGGCUCCUCCCACAGAGUCAGCUGAUCCGGGACCUGCGGCCCAAAAUGCAGCUGUUACCCGGCAACAAACCGAACACAGCCAACAAGGAGAACAGUUCCAGUGGGCGGCCAUCUUUAGUAAGGGCGAGCAGCCGUCAGACGGAGGGAUCCGUGGGAAACAUCCUGGACCUGAGCCGCCUGAGACAGCUGCCCAAACUCUUCUGACACUAAAACCAUCAGACUGAACUCUGAGGGAAGAUUUUAAAAACUGCUAUUUUUUAAAUGGAGUCUGGUUUGGAACCGGUCUGCAGGUCUGAUUCAGGUCCUGGUUGUCAUGGUCAGACUGGUUUUACUUCAGUUUCUCUGUUUCAGGAGUUCAUGAAAUGUGUUUUUGUGUGUUUGAUUGUUUUCGUCACUUCCUGUUUUUAUGUGAAAUGUAAUUUGCAAUUUUUUUAUAUAUAUUUAUAAUUUCACAAAUAAAAUUCUUAAUACUUUUAAAA